UUACGUCGCUCUUACAGCAUCACUGAGCAGAACAAGGAAGCAACAUGUGCUCCUCACAAUAACUCCUAACAGAACACCCGUACCGACAGGCGGGCAGCCACACCGAGAAGCGAGGAGCUUAUCCACGGCACGGAGAAGGACGCGGUUCAUUAAAAUCAAAAAUGAUAAAAGAGGUGAAAGCUGGAGUCGACUUCCUGAGACGCCUGGCUGUGGCGCGAGGAAAACUGGAGGAAGCCAAAGCAGAGCUGUUUGCUGAGAAGCUACAAAAACUGUUAUGUGACAAAUAUGAUGACCACUGGUACCCCGACUGCCCCAGCAAAGGCCAAGCAUACAGGUGCAUUCGGAUCAAUAAGGGAUUCCCCUGUGACGAGGUGGUCCUUAAGGCCUGUGAAGAGAGUGAACUCACACCCAGCAUGCUGGGGCUUCCUCCUGAGAUCACAGUGUGGAUCGACCCAAUGCAGGUCUGCGCGAGAUCUGGAGAGAACAGCAGACCUUUCACGGUAGCUUGUUUUGACCACAAUGAGGAAAAUGAAGACGAGGACGCUUUGAACGGAGAAGACCCCGUGAAUCUGGACACGUCAGAUUAUCAUUCUGCAACGUCUGACUGUGGUUCCACUGCAUCGAGCGACACAGAGGAGGAGGCCAAAGAUGGAGAGCUAGACGGCGAGCAGAACAAAGAAAAGCAAGUCAAGAUAAAGCAGGACGUGGAGGGGAACACCUACACAAUAACGAUGGUUCCCAACAUACGAAAAUGGCACGAAGACGGAGCAAGUAGAACUAGAAACUUUAGAAAGAAGAUUCCGGCUAACCUGCAGUACGUCUACCACCAAACACCCGUUUGGCCUCACUACAAGAAGGCUGCUCCCGUGUUCCUGACUACAGUGUACGCUCCUCCAGCACAUCCACCUCCUCCCCAGCAGGUUUUUGGCUAUUACGUCUUGCCACAAGCUUCACCUCAGUUCAUCUUGCCGCAUGCUGCUUUGCCGUCCUGGGCAGCUGUGAAAGGUUAGAACGUCACAACAGUGAAGUGUGAAGAGCAGACGAAAAGGGAUCAUGUCCUUUUAACUGAGCCAUAUGAUGAAAGGUCUGUUUAUGUACUGGAGCCAAACAAAACUGUUUUAUGAUUGUUAACUUCAGGUUUGCUUCUUGCACUAUCUUUGCUAAUGCCACUGCUGUACUGCGAACAGCACAAAGUCCAGCAAAAACGUUUCAAUGCACUGCAGCUGCAUUCAGACUUUUGUAUUUAAAGAAAUUAUUAUGCCAAAUAAUAAACUUUCUCUGUUCUUCUGUGAGGAUGAUCUUUGCCAGUUUGAUUAUCACUGUGUACAAAUCACAUUCAAUCUCUGUAAAAUGUGAUUCAGGGUUUUUAACAAGGUGUAGCUGUACAUAAAUGAUGUUUGUUUUUACCAAACCUGUAAAUACUAAUAGUUCAAUGAUUUUAAUGCUUUUUUUAACAUAAUUUAUUUGACCACCAGUGGAUGGUGCCCAAGUCACAUACUUUACAUGAAUUUUUUGUUUUGUUUUCUUAUUAACUGUUGCUGUACAAAUUCAACUUUAGAAAAUCCAUUUAAAACGAUUAAACGAUUUCUUGAGACAAAAAAAACAUUUAUUGUAACAUUCCUUGUGGGAAGAAGAACUUUAGUAAACUGCAUGCAUUCUUAGUCAUUUGAAUCUUGGAUAAAUAUUUCCUUCAGUUUCUUUAUCACUUUUAAGAUUGUUCUUUAUUUUAUUCCUAAAGUCUUUUUUUUACUGUGCAUUAAACCAGUUUUUAUUGAAACUAUGA